AUGGCCACCUCAGACUCGGCUGGCGAGGACUCCAUCUUUGACUUGCUCAAGCAAGCAGAUCCGGCGGAGUUAGAACAACGCCAAAGAGCGAUCAACGAGCGAAUCCACGCUACAUUCCAGCUUAGCCAACAAAGGCUCGCCGACUUGAUAGACCAGAACUCGACCCUACCUACCACUGUCUCUUCGGUCACUGUCCUUGGAGCUCCGAAUACCCGCCAUGGGUUCUUGAAGGGUGUCGUAAAGCCUCUACUAAGUGCCAACCGCGACCGGCCAUACACACAAUCAGAGCUGAUCCAUGAAGUCGCAAAGACUGCUGACAAGCUCAAUAAAUUUGGAAUCUACAAAGAAUGCUCCGUCUUCAUUGACAAACCACCUCAGACUGACCCCUCUACGACGGCAACCGAUGUUGCGGUGUACUAUUCCGUAAAAGAAAAGAGCCGAAUACUCGCAAAAACGGGAACAGAUCUGGGAAAUGCGGAAGGCUCCGCCUACGCGAACGUGGAAUGGCGCAACAUACUGGGUGGUGCGGAAACACUAGAUCUGAAUGCCUCGAUCGGAACACGAACGAGGUCUUCUUAUCAGGCUACAUUCGAAACUCCUGUGCUUAGCAAUCCUGACUUCCGCUUCCAGCUCGGAGGCGUCCAAAGUGCAACACAGAAACCAUUUGCCAGCCAUGAAGAAGCUUUGAAGGGAGGCUGGGCAAAAUUACGAUGGCAGUCGACCUCCGGAACCCUGAAUGAAGUGGGAUACAAUGGUGUUUGGCGGCAGGUAACAGGACUGGCGCAAAAUGCUUCACCCACAAUUAGGAAUGAAGCGGGAGAUUCCUUCAAAAGCAGCAUAUCUCUUAUGAGGACAACGGAUAGACGGGAUAACCCUAUGCUACCAUCUCGAGGGUAUUACGCAAAGUCGCUUGUCGAAUUGGCUGGCUGGGGGCCACUUCGAGGGGAUGUAUCAUUCUUGAAAACCGAAGUUGAAAGUCAGACUGCGAUCCCUAUACCAUUACCUGGUAUCAAAGGCGACAGCGGGGUGAGUUUCACGACUGGACUUCGAGCUGGUCUACUCUAUCCUCUCACUCUCGGGGCCAAUCCAAACCCCGAAAUGUCCCGAAUCAACGACAGAUUCCAGCUGGGUGGGCCAACAGACGUUCGUGGAUUCCGUUUAUCGGGUCUCGGGCCUCACGAUGGACCAGAUGCUGUGGGCGGUGAUGUCUAUGCAGCUGGAAGCGCAAAUCUGUUCCUUCCUCUGCCAAAGCUGGGCAAAGACAAACCCCUCCGAUUUCAGGCUUUCGUCAACGGUGGCAGACUGUUGGCACUGCGGAAUGCCGGGACAGAAGGGCCAAUGAGCAAGGAACAAGUUAACUCUAGCUUAACGAAUGCUAUCGCCGAUCUGGGCAAUGGACUUCCGACCAUGUCUGCUGGGUUUGGGCUUGUUUAUGCUCACCCCGUAGCUCGAUUCGAGUUGAACUUUUCGCUCCCCAUUGCAGUGCGGAAACACGAAGAGGCCAGGAAGGGCAUCUCGUUCGGGGUUGGAAUCAACCUGCUGUAG